ACUUUGUUUCCCAGUUGCAAAUAAUUCAAGGGAGGAAGAACACGAAUUUAACAAACUUUCAACUUGUGACAGGUUUCUUUUCCAUUGUUUUCUUCUGUUUGAUUUUGAAAAAGGAAAGUUUAUUUUACUUUUUUAGUUGGAAAUCUUUAGCAUUUGGAAAUCUGAAAGAAUGCGGAUUAAGUAAUUCAAGGUUUAAUUAGAUAGUUAAGUGGUAGAAAGGGUUAGUUUAGGACAUGUUUUUAUUACGGGUAAGGAGAGGCAGUGUUGGUGGGGGGAAGAGGACUGAUUUUUUUGUGGGGGUGGUGGGAGUGGUUGUGUGUUUUGUGGUGUUAAAUAGUUUUGUGGUGGUGGAUGGGAGGCAUAUUUCCUUAAAGAAAUUGCAUCGUCCGAGAGGAGAAAGAAUUACGGAGGAUUCCGUGACAGUGGAAGCCGUUCCCCCCACCACGUUGGACUCGUCGACGACCCUCCUCCGCGCCGGGUAUGCGUCUCACCUCCGCCAAAACUUGAAAAAAGCCUUCGCCCUCCAACUUUUACAUCAAGCUCAACAAAGAAACACGAAUAAAAACCAUUCGCCCACCAGUGACGAAUUUAUUUCGAGAAAAACCAAAAAAUUGAAGAAAAUCAAGAAAAAUCAGCAAAAUUCGUCCAAAUUUCGGGCCCACAUUCCAUUCUUACCGUUCGACGAUGACGAGGAUGACGAAACGUCCGGCGAAAAUGACGAAUCGUCAGAUGACGGAGGUUUUGAUGACGAGCAUAAUUUUGCAUCUUUCGACUUGGCCGUCACGCACCCCGAGGAAGACCCACAUUUUUACCAGGAACGGUACAAAACGGAUGGCGGCGGAAAUAAAAUUGGCGACAAGGCGCCGUAUUCCUUGGCGAAUUCGUACUUCGAUAAUGAAUAUCCGCUCUCCCAGUUGCAAGCGAUGGAAUGUGCGACACCGACGAAGUCGAAAGGAUAUUGUUCCACGUUCCGAGCCUGUGUUCCGAGCCUGUUUAAUGCGGAGGGUGACCUCGAAACGCCAGCGUUGGCGGAACUGGUCUCGAUGAGCAUUGGUUACUGCACGUCCGCCGUCCGAUCCGAUUUGGACGUUACGAAUCAGUUCUUGAAGAGGAAGGGUCACCGUUUCGCGACAGUGGCCAACCGAAUAAUUUGCUGUCCUGGCGUUCCCCCGCCGCCCGAAACUUCCGCGGAGGAUUCUUCCGCUGAAAAAUUUAACGAUUUUCUGGGCGGAAGUGACUCCUUCCUUGAACCAGAUGAGGAUAACGUCCCUCUUGAAGGCGUAUCUUCCCCUCCAAAUAAGGUCCCCGGGACUAAAAAGAAACCCGGGAACGGAACGAAUCCCGGCAUCUUUGUCGACUUGAAGGGCGAAUUCGUCGAAGAAAAUCCCGACACGGAGGCGGAAGUGUGGCACUCGGAGGAAGACUUAAAAGCCGCGAUGAAUAAAAAACCGGAAAAUGUUAUUCCAAUCGAAGCCUUAAUUCCGGAGGAUAAAUUGCCGUUUUAUGAUCCACACACGAACUCGUUUUCGAACCAGAUUUUGGAUAAAUUUGGGGACAAAAAUGGUCAAAAUUUGCCAAAUAAUGGGCAAAACUCGCAAAAUAGUGGGCAAAACUCGCAAAAUAAUGGGCAAAAUUCAUUAAAUAAUGGGCAAAACUCGCAAAAUAAUGGGCAAAACUCGCCAAGUAAUACCGAAAAUUCGCAAAAUAAUGCAGAAAAUUCGCAAAAUAAAGACUCUCAUGACUCCUCCCCACCACCUCCACCAAUAACCGAGCCAAACGACGAAUUCAUGCCGGAAGGAAGCAGUGACACUGAAUCCUCAACCGGAAGUAAUGGAUUUAUUCCCCCCCACGACGACGGAAUCAUGUCAUCAAAUGACCCCCCAGAUUUUGAAGGUCAACCGAUAAGUGACGAACUGACGACGACGGUGCGUUCUUCAUCACCCGGUGAGAAUUCCACCUUUAUAGAAAUUUUCCCCAAACCCGUGAAUGGUGCUAAUGGAAAAUUCACCUUGGAAAAAGGGGUCCACGUGCAACCUGCCGCGGCAAAUUCAAAAAUUCCUGCGCAAACCUCGGUCAAUAAUUUCGCCGAGAAUGUGGUCGACUCGAACAAAAUCCUGCUAGUCAGACCGACCAAGAAUAAACCCCAGCCGGAUGAAAAUUCGAGUCAAAAAGUGGAAAUUUUUGUGCAACAAACAACACAGACCGAUUUUCCCGACGAAAUUAAUACCCUGCAAAAUUUGCAUAAUGACGAUAAUUUGCAUAAUUAUGAUGACAACGAUGACGCCACAAGAACGACGACAGAUUUGUAUAACAAGUAUCAUCACGCCGAAGUAGAUGACACCUCCACGACGACUCGUUUCGUCGCAGAUUUUCCUACGACGACGCCAAAUUAUGGCGAAAUUGACGCCACGAAUGGUGCCGGCAAGAUAAGCCAUAGUGAUAACCACCACAAUUAUGAGAAUGAAGACGUCGGAAAUUAUUUGGCGGACACGAUAACAACGACUGUACCCCAGGGGGGAAAUCAAAAUAAUAAUUCCCCCGUCCCCCUUGGAGAAAAUAGUGCAGAUUUCCCUCCACAAACCACGACCCGUUAUUACAUAACGAAUAAUGUGGACGAGAAUGGUUACACCCCGACGGAAGAGAUUGACGGAAGUAAAGAAGCGACACUAGGUUAUUUGGAUGAUGAACAAAGCCAGAAGUUUCCGGAAACGACGACCCCGAUUUUUACUUCCGGUGGAGAAAGUGGUAUCGGAGAAGGAACGACAUUUAUUAGUUUGGUUAAUGACGGAGAAAGUGAAAUUGGUCACGAUAUUCCAGAAGACAUACGUUCAAAAGAACCGCCAUAUAAUUUGAAUGACCACGUGACCGGAAAUGAAAAUGGGAUCGGGGAUGAACAAAAUCAUCACUUAUUUCCGUCCAUAACUGAAAAAAAUAAAGAACCGCAGCAGAAUUUAAAUGACCACGUGGAAGAUAAAAACCUGCCCCAGAAUUUGAACGAGCACGUGACCGGAAAUGAAAACGGGAUAGAUAAUCAACAGUUAUUUCCGGUGGAUGCGGCGACACUUUCGCCGCAAAAUAACGAAAAUUCUUUGGAUAAUGGACCACCUUCUGUUUUCUCUUCGGAGAAACCAAUUUCCGGACCGGAAGUAAAUACCGGAAGUCAAGAAAUGACCGGAGGAAGUGCGGAACCUUCGAAAGAAGGGGAAACCCUGGAGGAAGGAAAUCAGUCGAUUUCCAACGAAUCGAAUGUUUCCGAUGAGGGCGUUAAACAGUUUGAAACCCCGAAAAUUUCGGUGAGUAAAGGACCCCAGAUAAAAAAUAACCCGGUAAAACAUCCUCCCCCCAUUCCGACGCCAUCACAGGAACCCGAAUUCGGUGGGGUUGGUCCGGGUGAAUCGGACUUUCAGAUUUUAUCGGCCUGUGCAACGCAAGAUUAUUACCGAUCACUGGAGGAGGACACGUAUCGACAGUAUCCGUAUUUAGCAACCAUUGUUGGGGGAUCUCGACCGUUUUGUAGCGGAAGUCUGAUUACAGAUAGACAUAUUUUAACAGCAUCCCAUUUUGUAUCGAAUAUCACGGUUGCGGAUGUGUUCCACAUGCGAGUUCACAUCGGGUACAAGACUGCCUUCGGAGGGCAGACCGAGGGACCCUUCGCGGUUCGAAAAGUCCUCAAAGUCAUUCGACAUAAAGGAUUCAGCUUUGAUAAAUUGCUCAAUGACGUCGCGAUUCUUUUGUUGGAUCGUCCCGUCCGCUUUUCCGAGGACAUUCAUCCCGUCUGUUUAUCCAAUAAUCCUACCUUAAACGCGAACGGGAUCGCGGAAGCGUUCGAAACGGGCUGGGUGGAGGAUCCGAUGGUGAAAACGAUCAGUUCGCACCACCCCUUCGUGGACCCCCAUGUCCAGAAAUACUUCAGUUUUGGGUACAAUAACGUGACCUGGACGUUGCAACAGUCCAUGGCCAGAGUGAAAACGAACGACGAUUGUCAAUCGAAUUACGAGUUUUUGGAAAAGAGUGGAAUCUACAUAACGGAUUCGAUGCUCUGCGCGGCCACGGAGGACGGAAAAUCCUGUUCUUUUAAAGGAAACUCUGGCGCACCUUUGUUCAUCAUGCGGGACGGGAAACCAAUCCAGCUCGGCCUCGUGAGCUGGGGAAUUGGAUGCGGCCAUUUCCCCGCAGUUUUCACCUCGACGCAAAAAUAUCUUCCAUGGAUAGAGAAAGUUGUUCAGAAAACGAGAUGAUUUUCACUAUUUUUUUCUCUUCAGAGUGAAUGAUAUCAAUUAUUUUUGUUGUAAUUUGGUCGGUGUGUUGGUCUGUAUUUUGUAAAAUUUGGUGUGUUUUUCUGUCUGAACUUCAUUUUUUGUAUGUAUUUUGUCUAACUUGGGGGGGGGGAUUAUUUUUACUUUUACGAGUAUGUACAUAUGUAUUUUUUAACAAAGAAAUAACGACGAAACGAGACGUUCAAAUAGAAUUAACCCUUUAGCAUGUAUGAUUAACGACAAGAAAA